AUGUCCCCAAAAAGGCACACGGCAGCCUUUUUGUUUGUGCUUACGAUAGCAUGGAUCCCAGUUGGAAAGUGUUCUAAUUUUUAUUUUCAAUACAAUAUGACCGAAUACUACCAGAUGCCCCCCUUACACCAGUUUGAAAAUUACGACCAUUGCUUGCGAUCUCAACCGGGGGCCACUUAUUGUACGGUGAAAAGUAUCAUUCGACCAAAUGAGCAGUCCGAAUUGUGGAAAAUUAUCGAAAAAUAUUCUCAGUAUCAGUAUCAAUACGAUCACAAUGUGCUACUAAGAGGUGUUUGUGUGCCAGAAUGUGAAAAGCUUAUCAGCUCGAUGAAUGGAGAUCAGUUGGAACAAUUCAAUCAGAAGAAAUUCAAUAUUACUGUUCGGUACACCUACAGCGACUGGUUGCUUCCCAACAUCUCUUACUACCGGCAACAGUUUGGAUACCCGAUUAACAUUUGUGAGAAUGUCAAACUACAGAUGUCACAUAAUUUGACGGCUUACUCAGAAAUUGAAUACUGUUCAACCAGUGAAACGAAUCAACGGAAUUUCGAUGCCUUCGACUACACCUUCUUCACAAUUCUUCUGAUUGUCCCAAUCCUGGCAAUUUUAUCCACCUAUUACGAUGCCCGAAGGACCAACAACAAUCUAUACUUCCAGGAGAAACUCACCAACAGGAAACAAAUUCUUCUAUCGGCUUUCUCCAUCCGUCGAAACAUUCACUCUCUGGUAAUGGAACCUCCAAGCAGCAAUCAACUGCUGCAGGACCUCUCAUUCCUGGACGGUAUUCGAACAAUCAUCAUGAUAGUGGUGAUGGUCGUCCAUAUGUACAUAGCACAGCGUAUGAACAUCACCCAGAACCCCGAGGUGAUGGAAAUGACCGGAACUGAUCCGAUAUUCGCCGUGGUGGCAGGUUUCAGCCCCUUCACGGUCAGCGUUUUUCUGCUUAUCAGUGGAUUCCUGACUGCAGUUUACUUCGUCAAGAGCACCGAAGGCAAACCCUUCUCUUCCGGUUACUUCGUGCUGGGAGUCGUGAAUCGGUUUCUGCGUCUCAUGCCCAUCUACCUUUUGGUGAUGCUUUUUACCGUAUCUGUGGCUGAUCAAUUCAACGUGAGCCCGACGGCUUAUCGAGGGGUGGUCCUGUCCAAGAAUGCCUGCCGCCGGAAGUGGUGGAUCAAUAUGCUGUUCAUCAACAACUACUAUCAGAAGGGCGAGUACUGUUUGAUCCAUACCUGGUACCUGGCGGCCGAUUUCCAGCUGUUUGUUGUGGGCUUGGCGGCGAUGAUGUUGAUUUGGAGGUAUCCACGGAUGUUCAAGCCACUGGUAGCACUGAUGGCUUUGCUGGGAUUUGUUUUCCCAGCCCUCCGAACUUACAUAUACAAGUUUGACGGCACCAUGUAUCACCCUACCAAGAGCUACACACUUCGAGCAUGGUAUGAAACGAUCUAUAAAGACUAUUAUUUGGUAACGGACACGCAUUGCAGCAGUUAUUUCGCGGGCCUUGUUGCAGGUAUCCUGUAUCACAAAAUUCGUAAAAACCCCGACAAGUUUAUUAAUUCAAAGUUCGUUACAACGCUCCGAUGGCUACUGUACCCAAUCAUGAACGCCCUCUUCCUGCCGGCUGUAGCCUUCGAGCAUCUGAAUCUACCGAAACCGUCACUUUGGAUGUCAGCUUUUGCCGGUGCCCAUAGGUGGAUUUUCUCGGCCGGCCUAGCGUUCUACUUUUUGGUGUACAUUUUCUUCGGAUCUCGUUUCUUCUUGGGUUGGUUGCGGCAAACGCGAAUUCUGAACGCCGGUAUCCUGCGGAUUCCUGGAAGAUUAACUCUGAGCUUCUUC